CAGAGCCAGCAGCUUCUCAGAGGCCAAAGUGAAACAGCUCUUUUUAAGAUGAAUAACGUAGAUUAUGAGCGCUUGGAUAGUCUGGAGGGCUGGGUGGCCGUUAAAAGCAACAUAUUUGAAGAAACGGAGACGUUUAAGCUGGGCUUUAUCGUACAGUGGAAUGUCAUCGAGUGUAAAUUCGCUGUCACCUGCCAUAAUCGGACGUUACAACGACAGAAACGCAAAGCCGAAGUUGUCGUCGGCGACCCUCCGAUGAGCUGGGCUGGACUCUUCUCCGUGAGCGAUCUGAAACACAUCCAUCAACAGUUUUCAUGUGUGGCAGACGUCCUGGGAGCCUGUUUCCCAGAUUUGUCAGAGUUUGAAGAGGGCAACAUUUGGGACUUGCUCUUUCUGAAUCGGCGGUCGGGUGCCGAAGACGACGAUGACAGGGAUUUUGAUUCACCGUGUAGGAAACUGGAAAAAUAUUUCAGCACAGCCAUUGAUAUCUGUGGACGGAAAAUUGUUCUCGAUACGUUAUUCACCCAGGAUGAGCGGGAUGUUGAGGAAUACUUUGAAAAUCUGCAGGAGUUCAAGAGGAAGACCAUGCAGGAGGAGAUGUCUAGGGCCAAGGGACACCUGCGACAGCUGCUGCAGAGUCAUGGCAGCGCAGACCGAAUGGUUGUGCUACUCAGCAUCUAUGAGGAAGAAGACGAGUCCUACCAAGACCUGGUCACUGUGGCCACCACCUUCUUCCAGUAUCUGCUGCAGCCUUUCAGGGACAUGAGAGAGCUGGCCUGCCUCUACAAGAUGGAGAUCCUGAAGUCUUUGGAGUUUGAGGACUUGGGUCCUAAGAGAAUUGCAGCUCUGGAGAAGGAGGCGGAGGAGUGGAGAAUGAAAGCAGAAGAUGCAGUCGCCUCAAUUCAGGACAUCACUGUCACCUACUUUACGCAGACUUCAAAGGCUCUGGCUGGUAUAAGUUGCUGUGUUGCUGCUUAUUUGCGUAUGUUAAAGCAGAUGGAGGAGGAUAAGUGUCGCUUUGGACCGGCUGCCUGGGCGUCUGCAGCUCCCCGGCUGGAGAAACUACGCUUCUUAUUGGCCAAAGAAACCCUGCAGCACAUGAGAGCUACAGAGAUGUGCCUCAACCGCAAGAAAGACAGCAUCAGAGAGAGGCUGGGCAGCCUGUCUGGCGGAGUCCAGAGCCAGAGAGCUGAUUCUGGGUCUGCGUCUGAGGAUGGCCAGCAGCAGGACACAGUGGACCAGCUGGAGCUGCAGUUCUAUGAAACCCAACUAGAACUGUACGACACCAAGUUUGAGGUCCUGAAGAAUGAGGAGCAGCUGCUGGUGGCUCAGAUAGACACGGUGCGACGGCAGAUUAAAGAACUGAAGGAGGAGGUGGUUUACUAUGAUGUGUGUGAAGAUCCAGAGGAGCUGCAGAGCAUGGUCCACACAGGUAUCCAACAAGCAGACUCUCCGGCCGUCAGUCAACUCAAAAGACGCCUACAGACCUUGGAGACCAAGAGAGGCAACAUCUGUGCCCGGCGAGCUUAUCUCCGUAACAAAAAGGAUCAGUGCAUGGACGCCCAAGAACAGAAGCAGCUGGCAGCCAAGCAGAGCUCCAAAGUCUUCAACCAGCAUCAUCAAGUCCGCCUGAAACGAGAGAAGAGGAAAGAAGAGGAGCAGAGGAGAAAACUGUGGGUGGACCAGGAGCGAGAGAAGACUCUGAGCAGAUUACGAUCCUUCAGAGAGAAGCGACAGGGCCAGUACAUCCUGAAAACUCCUCAGUCCAGGAUGUCUCCUUCAGAAGUCCCGUGUCCCUCCCAGCCGCUGUCCAUCAUCAGCCUCGGCCCCUCUCCCUCCUCUGAAGGACCCCCCCCCUCCGUCCGUUCUGCACCCCGACGCAACAAAGCACCCAAGAAACAGCAGCCUAAAGACAUCCCUGUUCAGAUCUAUUCCCCACCGCCGCCUCCAACAACAAAUAUCCCUUCUGCACCUCCUCCUCCGCCCCCUCCACCACCACCACCACCACCUCCACCACUCCCCCCUGCUGUACCUCCUCCAACUCCCCAAGCUUCCUCUGAGGACACACCAAUGCCUCUCAGUGAAAAAGAGGACCCUCCUUUCCCAGCCAAGAACAUGCUCAAACAAAAUAUAGGAACAAUGGAUGAAGUUUUGGCCUCACUGCAGCGUGGACAGAUUCAGCUUCGAAAGGUCCCCGCUCCCAGAACAGCGCCCCCUGCUGCUGACCCGAGGAGCAGUCUGAUGUCCGCCAUCCGACAGGGAGUCACCCUGAAGAAGGUGGUUCCUGCACGUGCAGAGGUCCUAAGCAGCGGAGACAACGAGCUGGAGCGCAGCAUCAAAGCUGCCAUGAUGAGGAUGAAGAAGGUGGCAGCCGACUCUGAUGAGGACGACAGGGGAGAUGACGAGACACACAGUGGAGACUGGGACAGCUGAGCACACGCACUCACUCACACACACACACACACACACACACACACACACACACACACACACACACACUCACACACAUAUACCGAUGAAGCUGUUCUCUUAUAUUGUCCCUGUUCUGUUUUAUCCAGCUUAUGUUGCUGCCAAAUUUUCACCAGAAAGCUUCUUUGACAGUGGGAGGAUUACGCCUCUUCUGACAUAAACAUUGCAGGUUGUUGAAGUUGUCACACAGUAAUCAUAUUUGUUUUUUAAAUAGCCCUGAUACGUUGAAAUACAUUAAAAACUGCUUAAAUCCAACUAGCCAGCAAAUGGCAGAGUCAGGAUUUAGCAGUUGGUUUGCAGAAAUCUCAAACUGAGCGAAGGAGGUGUUGUGCUACAACAUUCAUUAGGGAGAAAAGCUGAGCAAUAGCACUGUAGUACAGUGUGUGAAUGAUUGAAUUUCUGAAGGCCUUUUGUGAGACUGUCACACAGCAUGGGAAGCCUGUGCCACAGGCUCACACAACUACACUACACAACUCCACCAUCACAAAAACUCUCACAUUUGUCUCACAUUGCCGAGUCUUAACUCGGCUACUUCUGUUAUUUUGAAUGUAAUUACAACCGAACAACUGUUUUCUAACUUGACUUUACCCCUAAGGGCUACCGCAAAUUGACUUUUGUAGUUUUUGCGUUUUAUUACUAAACAAAGCAAGAGUUAUGUUCUGAAGUGCAGUGUUAAUUAUUUACAGCCUACAUGUCUGUGUGUGUUAGAGGCCGUUUGAUGCACUGUCCUGUCCUUUUUCUUUUUGUGUAAGAAAAGUGUGAAUGUGUUAGGCUUUAUUUCAGUGCAAUUUAUACAUGAUUUGUUAUUUCUUCAUCUCUGAUGCCAUAACAAAUGAAUUGACAAAGAAUGAAUGCUAGAUUCAUGUUUUGUAACUACGUCCUUCUAAUGAUGGAAAAAAGCUUGCUCACAGGUUAUUGUUACUGUUUAGGGCAAUCUCCAUACUUAUACUUAUGACCUUUGAACCUGUGACAGAGCACUUGACUUACCUGAACCUCUCAAAAAGACAAAGUUAUAAUGUAUUAUGCACAAAAUACAUGGGUUCAAGGAGAAAUUACUAAUUAUUGCACUUCUUUAAAACUUCUUUUUCUGCAAAGAUAUGAAACUUAUUCCAGUGUGUUACAGACGAGCUGUGGGCUGAUGACGGGUGAGGCUGAAACACACUUGUACUGCUGUGUUUUAAUAAUAAAUGUAAUGACAUGUAAGAUCAUAAACAUGAACUGUGGGCGAUUUCUUUUUCAUUCAAACUUCGUUGGUCUGAGAGCU